AUGUCUAUCCUGGUGCGUCCGCCAAAGCGCAAACUGUACGAGACCGACCACGACGAUGGCCCGAGGAAGCACGCCGCCGGACUAGCUUCAUGGCAGAAUAUUCGAUCACAGUCCAGUUCACGAAGGUCGAGUGAACAGCCCGAUCCCCACAGCGACUCAUACACCCGCCACACCACCCCGCGCGAACUGCACUCCAACCGCGGCUCUCCGGUUCUCUUCGACAAUGGCCCCCUCCAGACUCCCCGCAAAUUCACCCCCACGGCAUCCGUCGUGCUCAUCGGCAUUCGCGGAACCGGCAAGUCCAGCUUGGCCGUCAUACUGGCUGCUGCGUCCGGCCGCCGCUUGAUCGAUGCCGAUCGAUAUUUUCAACAGAUGGUUGGCUGCUCCCGUGCCAUGUUCAAGAAGGAUAAUGAUCACGCUGUCUAUCGCCAGCAAGAGGCUCGAGUCUUCGAGUCCAUGCUGGCUGACAAUCAAGAGAGCUGCGUGAUUGCGUGUGGUGCGGGAUCAAUGGAGCGCAGUGGGCAGCGAUUGCUACGAGAAUAUGCGCAAACACACCCGGUCGUCCACAUCACCCGAGAUCCGGAAAGCGUCCAGUCAUAUCUGAAAGCGUGGGAUACACAAAAGGUUCGCCAUUUCCUGGAGCUUUCCGGGCCAAUUUACCGAGGCUGUUCGAAUCUGGAAUUCUUCAAUCUUUCAGAGGCCCCCGCCGCCACCUCUACGUCCAGCUGCGAGCAGGAGGCCAAGGACGGCCACGACCCAUCUCCCGGGCCGAAAUGGGAUCAGCGACCACAAACUGCCACUCCAUUCCUAACAUUAAAACGAGUUCAACGCGACUUCCUCAGCUUCAUCGCAUUUGUGACCGGCGAUACCACCGAAAUGAGACGCCAACAUGCCUCCUUCCCGCUCUCAUUAAUCCCCGUCGAAACGCGGCUUUACACUUCCGCAAUUUCGGUUCCAUUCUCUGCCCUCUGCGAACGAGAUCUAGACAUAGAGGACUUGGAGUUCACCGUCGAUGCCUUUGAGCUGAUGGCGGCCACGAUUCGAAGGAAUAUCAUUGUGCCUCUAGUCUACCACGUGGAAAGCUAUAUCAUACCUCGGGGGUCUUCCUCGCCCACACCCAACUCUCGGAUCAGCGAUGAAACCUAUCUCAACCUUGUCCGCCAUGGACUACGACUUGGCCCAAGUUUUUUGACCGUCGACUUGUCCCGGGAUGAUCACAUUCUCUCUCAAAUCAUCAGCUCAAGAGGAACCACCAAGAUCAUCGGCCAUUUCGAGGCAUACCAGCCUUUACCUGGAGGCUGGGACGGAGAUGAAUACAUGAAGGUCUACGAGCGUGCGAAGCGACUUGGGUGCAAUGUGGUGCGAUUAUGUCAACCGGCUGAGAGUGUCCAGGAUGACGCUGCUUUGCAGCGAUUCCGACACCGGAUCGAAAACUUUCCCGUAUCUUCCCUUCCUCUCAUCGCUUACAACACAGGACCCUUGGGACGCAGAUCCCGCUGCUUCAACCCUACUCUCACUCCUGUUACACACCCCUCCCUCAUUCACGAAAGCCCAACCCUUCUACAGCCGAGUAUCACCGCUCGCGAGGCCCAGAAAGCACUCUUCAGCUCCUUCACUCUAGAUCCGAUGCAAUUCUUUGUCUUCGGAGCCAAUGUCGAAUAUAGUAUGUCGCCUGCCAUGCACAACACGGCAUUCAAGAAAUGCGGCAUGCCUCACCAUUAUACCAUUUUCCAAUCAUCCACACUCCGCGGGCUGAACAACCUCGUCGAGAAUCAGUUCUUUGGCGGUUCAAGUGUCAGUCUGCCUUAUAAAACCGAAGUCAUCCCUCUCCUCCACUCCAUGUCCCCACACGCACGGGCAAUUGGAGCCGUCAAUACCCUCAUCCCAAUCCGCAACAAUGAUGACGCGGAACCUCAUCUCUCUCACGAAUCUUCCAUCUACAUCGAGAAGUGUCGGGCCGGUCCCAUCAAGGGCAUUCACGGCGAUAACACCGAUUGGAUCGGAAUCUGCAACUGCAUUCGCAGGGGUCUUUCGCCGGCCAAUGCGGUGCGCCCCACGACCACUGGACUCGUCAUCGGAUCCGGCGGUAUGGCGCGUGCUGCAGUAUACUCGUUGAUUCAUCUUGGCGUGGAGAACAUCUUCGUUUAUAACCGCACCCUUGCCAACGCAGAGAAGCUUGCCCAUCACUAUAACAGGCAAGAGCUUUUCUCCAGCGAUGAGAGCCGCGCAGGCGGGCGUCCCCGAGUCAGCACACUCGGCUCGGUAAGUGACCCAUGGCCUGCGGCCUACAAACAACCGACAAUCAUUGUGUCGGGUAUCCCGGCGCAUAGCAUUGGUGGGCAGCCCGCGCCAAAUUUCAACGUCCCUAUUCAAUGGCUUGAAAGUCCGACGGGUGGUGUUGUAGUCGACCUGGCCUACAAACCUCUGAACACCCCCUUGAUGAAACAAAUCCGAGCAUUGUCUCAUCGGGGCUGGGUCGCACUAGACGGUCUGGACGUCCUACCCGAGCAGGGAUUCGCUCAAUUCGAGCUUUUCACGGGCCGCCGAGCACCGCGCCGACUCAUGCGGACAAUCGUUUUGCAAGAAUACAAGAACGAAGAGGGACACGACGAUCCGAGCGCAAUCCAAGACCGACUACAACGCCUCGACGGCCAACCGACCUGA